AUGCAGCUCGCUGACCUCGACGCCCGCAUUGCCAUCUUCGGUGCUUUCGUGCCCGUCCUUGGCUGGGUUGGCUACAACAUCCUUGGCCCUGGUCUCAAGCAGCUCGAGAAGAUGCAGCAGGACGCCGCUAAGAAGAAGGGUGUGGCUGCGGGUGUUGGCGGCCUUUCUGCCGCUGCCCUCAUGGGUAUGCCCGAGGCCGCUGACGCCGCCACCGAGGCCAUGCAGCUCGCUGACCUCGACGCCCGCAUUGCCAUCUUCGGUGCUUUCGUGCCCGUCCUUGGCUGGGUUGGCUACAACAUCCUUGGCCCUGGUCUCAAGCAGCUCGAGAAGAUGCAGCAGGACGCCGCUAAGAAGAAGGGUGUGGCUGCGGGUGUUGGCCUUUCUGCCGCUGCCCUCAUGGGUAUGCCCGAGGCCGCUGACGCCGCCACCGAGGCCAUGCAGCUCGCUGACCUCGACGCCCGCAUUGCCAUCUUCGGUGCUUUCGUGCCCGUCCUUGGCUGGGUUGGCUACAACAUCCUUGGCCCUGGUCUCAAGCAGCUCGAGAAGAUGCAGCAGGAUGCCGCUAAGAAGAAGUAA